UCCUGCUGCGAUGCACGGAGGCUGUUUGCUCCCCGGGUCUCCGGAGCUCAUGAGGCGGUUCCAGGAGCCGCAGAACCGCCGGAGGGAUCCGGGUUUCGAUCUCUGCUUCCAGGAUAACACGCCAUAGCUUCGGCUGCAGGAGAGAGGCUCGGUUCGGCAUCACAUCCUGCAGAAGCGGCGGUGCUGGAUCUCUGUCGGGUCGCAUCUAUGCCAUUUAUUCUCCACUUCAUUUUAUCAUGAGCACAGAGGAGGGAGAGGCGUGUGGGGGGGAGGUGAAGGGGUCCGAUACCCUCCCCCACAGCCACACCUGGGGGGAACCUGAGGGAGAACCUCACGGAGGCGGGGAAGGACGCCUGCACCCCGGGGCAGAGGAGGAGGCACAGCCGGGAGAGGAGGACGGCUGCAGGGAGGCCCGGAGCUGCGGGGAUGCAUGCGAGGGGACCACCGGGGGGCAUUUCUCCCAGGAGGAAGAGGAGGAGGAAGAGGAGGUAUUGGGGGGCAGAUCGUGCAAGGAGCAGACGAUGCAUUCAAACAGCAGCAGUGAGACCUGCAUCCCAACACCCAGCUGCAGGAUCUGCUUCCAGGGAGCCGAGCAGGGCGACCUGCUGAACCCGUGCCGGUGCGACGGCUCGGUGCGGUACACCCACCAGCACUGCCUGCUUAAGUGGAUCAGUGAGCGCGGCUGCUGGACCUGUGAGCUCUGCUGCUACCGCUUCCACAUCAUCGCCAUCAACAUGAAGAACCCGUGGCAGUGGCAGUCCAUCACCAUCACCCUGGUGGAGAAGGUGCAGAUCAUCGCGGUGUUCCUGGGCUCUCUGUUCCUGGUGGCCAGCAUCUCCUGGCUGCUGUGGUCGGCUCUCAGCCCGCAGGCCGUGUGGCAGCGCCGCGACGUCCUCUUCCAGAUCUGCUAUGGCAUGUACGGCUUCAUGGACCUGGUCUGCGUAGGAUUGAUCGUCCAUGAGGGGGCGGCGGUGUACAGGGUCUUCCUGCGCUGGCGGGCCGUCAACCUGCACUGGGAUGUUCAGAGCUACGACAAAGCGAAGGACAUGGAGGAGAUGAGCACCGGCCAUUCCUCGCUGGCCCCCAGGACGCUUUGGUUACCAUUGACUACCAUUGGACCCGACGGCCCCUUGCGCCCCGGCACCCAGCUGGGGCCGCAACCGUGGACCUGCUUCUGUUUGGGCCCCUUUUGCCGCGGCCUGGGGCCCCGAAACCACCUGAACCAGGACAGUGACUCGGGGGAGGUGGUCAUUCGGGUGACGUCAGUGUGACACCAGGCGGGGUUGAUGCACCUGCUGGUUGCACUGGGUGGUGACUGGUAUUAUUGCUUAUCUGUUCCCGGUGGAUUUACGACAUUUUUUCUAAAUAAGUUUGCUCUGAGGCCGGUCCUCAAAACUAAUUCCAGUCAUAUGAACUCACAGGUUGCUGCUUUGUGUUGGACCCUUUUUCUGUUCUACCCGGACCUGUGUUUAUGUCAUGUUGGAUGGGAAAUAGUCAUGGAAAAGAUUGGAAGAUGUACAACUGGUGACCAUGUUUUUAUUAUCAUACAGCUCCUCAUAGUUUAAGAUUGCAAAAUGGUCUGAAUGAGAGUCAACGAUGACGGUCAUAAGAGCAUUACAGCCCUUACAUUUGGCUAAAAUGACCGUAACAUCGACAUUGUUUAAACGCUUUUGCCUCGUUUGGCACCAGGACAGAUACGUAAGGGCUUUCAGAAAGUGCUGAUUAUGACUGGAGCAAUGUCUGGAGGAAGUAUGUAAAGAGGUUACCACAUGAACACAGCAGAAGUGUUACUGAAACAAAUAACUAUAAAGUAUAAGCCUUACUUUUUAUUGUACCUUAGUUCCCUUUAAUUACAUUAAAAAGAACAGUUGCUUAGAAAGCUAGCCGCCCAGGAAGGCAACAUAACAGUUUCAUUUGAACAUAACAACCUUCAAUGCAGAUCGACCAGAUGUCUUAAAAAUUGGAGACAGCCCCCCAGUUGCCACAAACCUUAAAUCCUUUCCUGUCUGUCCCCAAGAGAAGCCUAUGUUGAAGUGAAAGCUGAUAAAGAAUUGAAUACUGAUCACGAUGAAACAUAUCCGUACAUGUGUUGUAGUACUUUUGCUGUUUUCAGAGUUUGAAAAGCUUUGACUUCUUCCAAAACUGCCGGAUUUCUGCUGUGUUUUCGGAUAAUCCUGUGUCGCGUUUCUACGAAUACGUGCUACCGUUUUUGGAAAAGCUGAAGGAUGCAGGAUUGAGCGACUAAGACGGACAGCACAUGAGCACAAAACAAACAAUGCAGACUUUUUUGAAUGUCAUUUGAACUUGAUCCUCGGAUUAUUUGUGCUGCUAUUCAUGCAGGUGUUGAAAGUGGUGGUUUUGAUCCGUUCUCAUGCCUUUGUGUGGAUCUUCCAGGAGCCCUGUGGUGUUUGGGGGUUGUGGUCGGUU